AAUAAUGUCCCAGUUGCAUAUAACAACCAGAUCUCCAUCAGGAGCACCAUUCGAAGAAUACAUUCAAUUGUUUUCUCAGGAAUCAAGUCCAGUUCAAUUACAUGCUGUCACUACAAACACUACUAUAUUCACCGCAGUAUUAAUCUUAAUUGCUUUUGGUAGUUUAUCCUUAAUCUUCUUGGGUGAUGUUAAGAAUAAGGGGUUGGUCAAUUAUGUUUUGAAUUCUUUAGUUGCUUCUUUAGCCGUUGGAUUGAGUUCUAUUUAUAUUUCUAAUUUCGUGGGGGUAUACAUUUAAAAGUGGCCAGUGCGAAAUACCUACGUGGAUGACCUAAUGUUAGAAUAGGUUAGACUAUGUAUAUUAGUUAAUGCAAUAAAUAUCUAUAA